AAAGAAAUUUAGCCUGUGUUUUUCGUAUAUUCAUGGCAGAUUCUAUUAACUUUCGGCGAAAACCUGAUAAUACCAAAUGUAUAUCUAACUAUUUUUUUCACGAAAAUACAGGAUCAAAAGUCCAAAUCAUUAUUCGAUCAAUGCGUGUCCAUCUGAUGUUGAUUUUCUUCUUCGCGGGCACUGUCUUAGCGCAAAGUGUUCGUAAUAAAAGAGAUACUGUAACGAUCACAGAAAAACCUCCUUUCACUUCCAUACCUGGAACUAACAAUGAAAGUACAACAACGAACAUUUCUAAAAAUAAUAGUGAUGGAAUUAAUCGUGCCACUUUUAAUCACCCGUUAAAUAUAAUAUCUAGAUUUAUAUUGUUAUUACCACGCUAUGUUUUAUCAACGUUUUUAAAAAUGCUAAUUUUUAUGGGUACAUUUAUAUUAAGGAUUAUGAUAAAACCGUUUAUAUUACCGUUCAAGAUGAUACGCACGGUAAUUAAAAUGUUGCUGAAACCUUUCUUAAAAAUAUAAAACUGUUAGCAUUGGAUAACAUUUUUCAAAUUUUGGUAAAUAAUACGGAUAUACAUCUCAA